AUGAGGUUUGACGUAACACUGAAACAUCGGCUUGGAAACAAUGGUCAAACACAUCUGUCGUACGACCACAUGACAGACAGUAAUGUGACGUCACAUAGCAAUACAGAGGAUAAUGGUUUUCAGAAUCUGUGUAUCAUGCCAUCUGUGGUGACACUUAUUGGCUUCCGUAGACAGACACAACACAAAUUAGGCACGGGUACUUACUACUGGUACACAGAGGACGGUACAUGCAGUUACCCACCACCAGAACUACCGCCGGUAGCUAAACAUCCCGGCAUCACAGACUUUGUGGCCCUUAAUAGACCCCAAUUUUUCGGAUCUCUGGCGUGCGGCAUGUGUUUUUCUGUAAAUGGGUCAGGCGUUGGAUUAGGACUCAAUCCCAUCAUUGGACAACACAUCGUGUUUGUCAAGGACAUGUGUCCGGAAUGUAAAACAGGUAUGGCCAUGGGCAUGAAAGUCUGUCGAGGGUUAUUUUUCACAUUCGAGACGGGGCUGGCGGGGGAUAUUGAUUUCUCCCAAACUGCCGACGGUAGAUGGAAUAUCUCCUUCCAGGCUAUCCAAUGUCCAGUUGGAAACACAUCCAUCGAAUAUAAGUUACAGGGCAGCAAUACAUAUUACUUGAAACUCCAAGUUCGCAACGCAAGAAUUCCGGCCACAUUUGUGGAGAUGUCAACUCCGGAUUUAUCCUGGUUUCCACUCGAGCACACGACUGAUGGUUUCUGGGUCGCACGCUUUCCCAAAGGAGUGACGUAUCCAUUAAACCUGAGACUCACUGCAGCAAAUGGCGAGGUCAUCCAGGACACACUCUCUAUGGACUACAUAGUAAAUGAAAAGGUUCUUCAAGGAAACGGCGUACAAUUCACGCUGGACAACAGCCUUCCCAUGUUAUCGUAUGGAAAUAGAAGGUGA